CGUCACUCAAGUCACUACGGCUCCUCCCCUCUCAAGAUGGCGAUGCGCUCAAUGUGGAAGGCGCGUGGGUGCUGGAGCUGCAUCCGGGCACUUCAUAAAGGACCCGAAGCUGCUCAGACUCCCCAGAAAGAUGCUGUGAAGCGAGUAUUCUCGGGCAUUCAGCCUACGGGAAUCCCCCACCUCGGCAAUUACCUGGGAGCCAUUGAGACCUGGGUGAGGUUGCAGGAAGAGUACAGCUCGGUGCUCUACAGCAUCGUUGACCUACACUCCAUCACCGUCCCCCAGGACCCGGCCGUCCUCCAGCAGAGCAUCUUGGACAUGACUGCUGUUCUUCUUGCCUGUGGCAUAAACCCAGAGAAGAGCAUCCUUUUCCAACAAUCUCAGGUGUCUGAACACACACAAUUAAGUUGGAUCCUUACCUGCAUGGUCAGAUUACCCCGGUUACAGCAUUUACACCAGUGGAAGGCGAAGGUUGCCACACAGAAGCAUGGUGGGACCGUAGGCCUGCUCACAUACCCAGUGCUCCAGGCUGCUGACAUCCUGUUGUACAAGUCCACACACGUUCCUGUCGGGGAGGAUCAAGUCCAGCACAUGGAGCUUGUGCAGGGUCUAGCACGAGAGUUUAACAAGAAGUAUGGCGAGUUCUUCCCGGUGCCCAGGUCCAUUCUGACAUCCAUGAAGAAGGUAAAAUCCCUCCGUGAUCCUUCGGUCAAAAUGUCUAAGUCAGACCCUGAUAAACUGGCCACGGUCAGGAUAACAGACAGCCCUGAGGAGAUCGUGCAGAAAUUCCGCAAGGCUAUGACAGACUUCACAUCGGAGGUGACCUACGAACCAACCUGCCGAGCCGGGGUCUCCAACCUGGUGGCCAUUCACGCAGCGGUGGCCAGCCUCCCCAUAGAGGAAGCGGUCCAGCAGGGUGCAGGCCUGGACACGGCUCGCUACAAGCUGCUGGUGGCCGACGCCGUGAUUCAGCGGUUUGCCCCCAUCAGGAGGGAGAUUGAGAAACUGAAGACGGACCGGGGCCACCUAGAGAAGGUUUUACAGAUGGGAUCCACCAAAGCCAAAGAACUAGCCCACCCCGUGUGCCAGGAGGUGAAGAAAUUGGUGGGGUUUCUAUAGGAAGCUUCCCCGCAUGGCAGAAAGGCUGUUAUGUCUUGUGGCCUGUGCACUCCUAAUUAAUAAAGGCAGCUUUCCUCCCAAAUGAAAAAUGAUGGCUUGGAGACAUUUAGUUCUGGUGCACAGGAUUAUUGGCUUCAUAUGAUCAAUAAGAAUUUGUAACUUUCCAAUAGAGCGGCGUUCUAAAUCCCGUCAGCAAAUGCUGUGGCCAAGAAAUAAAGAAAGAAGGCCUGAC